UUAAGUCACUUCAAAUGCUAUCCGUGGACGAGCGGCUCAUUGUCAGGAGAGCUGCAGGGCAAGCAAGAGGAAGAGAACAUAGGUGCAGGUACAACAGCAGCAGCAGCACUUCAUCCACAGCAUCACAGAAAACACACUCUGCUACACUCAGUUGAAAGAAAAAAAAAUGGAAAAAGAUGCAAUAAAAUUCUCACCAGAUCGAAGUCCUACCCGCAGAGAUGAGCUGAGACAAAUAUCUCAGCGCAGUUUUUACCUAAGUCCUGCCCCAUUUUAUAUUAAUUCACCAAGAUUCCCCUUACCUAGUUACCCCAGCGUAUCCCCCACCAGAGACACCUACAGUGCUUUCAGCCCACAUGCGUUCUUUCCAAUGCUUGGCCCUGCUUUCACCCAGAAGGAAGGAUCACAAAAACGGAAAAGAACUCCUCUCAUAAUAGACGCCCAGGGAGAUGAAUCUCCUGACUUAGAAGAAGAGGAAGCAAAAGAAAGCAGCAGCAAGAAGACAGUGGACCUCUCUCACAGCCCCUUCUUCUUCCCACCACGCACCAUUUCCUCGCCUUCUUCUAAAACCAUUCCUGGGAUGAUUGAGCUCAACAGGCUGCAGCUACAUCACAGGUCGCCAGGUGUGACUCUGCCUGUGCAGGUGAAGCAGGAGCCUCUUAGUCCUUCGCCUGUUUGGCCCCCCUCCCCUCUUCUCCUCCAUCCUCCUUAUUUCCCGCCUCUCCCCCACAGCCUUCUUCCAUACCCCUUUUUCAUGCCCAGGCCUGUAAUACACCUCUCCCCUGGUGCUUUCUGCCCCAAAGAAGACCUCCACUCUAGUCAGGCCACUCAUGACACAAUUCCUCGAAGUGGAGCAACCAACAAUGAGAAACUCAGUAUCAAUGUUCACGUGGACGACAGCUACUAUGUGGAUGUUGGUGGGGACCAGAAGCGUUGGAAGUGCCGGAUGUGUGAAAAGUCCUACACCUCCAAGUAUAACCUCGUUACUCACAUCCUGGGUCACAACGGCAUCAAGCCACAUGGGUGUCACCUCUGUGGGAAGCUAUUCAAGCAGCUUAGCCACCUGCACACACACUUGCUCACACACCGGGGCAUGAGGCCCCAUAAGUGCCAGGUGUGCCACAAGGCCUUCACCCAGACCAGCCACCUGAAGAGACACAUGAUGCAACACAGUGACGUAAAACCAUACAGCUGCAGUGUGUGUGCUAGAGGCUUUGCUUAUCCUAGCGAGCUCCGCGCCCACGAACUGAAGCAUGAGAAAGGGCAGGAGAAUGUGUGUGUGGAGUGUGGACUGGACUUCCCUACACUGGCUCAGCUGAAGAGGCACCUGACUGUCCAUCGAGGUCCCACCCUCUACAAGUGCACAGAGUGCCAAAAGACUUUCCAGUACCCAAGUCAGCUUCAGAACCACAUGAUGAAACACAAAGACAUCAGACCGUACAUCUGCAGUGAAUGUGGGAUGGAAUUCAUCCAAUCGCACCACCUGAAGCAGCACACACUCACUCACAAAGGGGUAAAGGAGCACAAGUGUCGCAUCUGUGGUCGUGAGUUUACGCUGUUGGCCAACAUGAAACGCCAUGUUCUCAUCCACACCAACAUACGGGCCUACCAGUGCCACAUGUGCUUCAAGAGUUUUGUUCAAAAACAGACUCUUAAGGCUCACAUGAUCGUCCACUCGGACAUCAAGCCCUAUAAAUGCAAGCUUUGUGGGAAGGAAUUUAACAGGAUGCACAACCUAAUGGGCCACAUGCAUCUCCACUCAGACAGCAAACCCUUCAAGUGCCUCUACUGCCCAAGCAAGUUCACACUUAAGGGAAACCUCACCAGACACAUGAAAGUCAAACAUGGAGUCAUGGACAGAGGGCUGGAUGAAAGAUUGUUUCGGCAAAGAGGGAGGUUCUGUCUGUCCACUUCAAUGGGCCUUCUCGGCCAUUUCAGCCAAGAGGAGCCAUUUGACCUCUCUCAGAAGCCCCCGGGUAUGCCGAGCCUCCGUCUCUCUCAAUCUGAUGGUGAGAGUGUCCCAGGAAGCUCCUGUCAAGAUGAGGAUGAGGAGAGUUUGUACAGAAGGAGCCAGUACAGCCCUGAGGUGGACCAACAAGAGCCAGCAGAAGAGGACCAGUACAUUCCUGAGCUGAAGGAUAGAGGAAAAGGGUGUCCCAAUGAACUGAGGCCAGACAAGAUGCAGGAACAAGAAAAAUCGCAGCAAAGUUUAGACAAUGAAGUAUUUGAAGGGGAGUCAGCAGUAGAAGGACAAUCUGGAGAUCUCAGGAUCAACCAGGAUGACCUGUUGCAGUCAGAGAUGUCAUAUGAAUCUGAUGAAGAGCUAGAUGAGCAGAUGUACCACCAUGAAAAACUCCACAGACAAUCAUAUUAUUAUGAAUCAGUUUUAGAAGAUCAGCAGCAACAGCCUGAUGAGCCAGAGCAAAUCAAACAGCAGUUCGAUGGCAUUCAUGGGGCUGUUGAUGUAGAAGAGAAAAACUAGAACAGGCUGAAGACAGACUGUUGGAUCACUUACCCACAAGUGAAUUUACGGGUUGCAGAAAGAACUGUAAAUUAAAAAAAAAAAAAAAAAAAAAA